AAAACCUAAAAUUUUAUGGCUUUCAAAUAUUUUCUCUUUAAAAUAUCCCUUUUAUCCCCUUUAAGAUAACAAAAACUGAACAGCAAUGUCUUCCUCCAUUCCCUCUCAUGCCACGGUAAACUCCACCGCUACUACCAAUUUCAAAUCUCGAAUACUUCCAUUUCAUUUUCCGGUCCUCAAAUCCUUCCGAUCGACACUCUUGUCCACCAAUGCUCUCUCCAAUUCCCGUUUUCGGAAGUCUGCCCACCAGUACGACGCUCAAAGCACCACGAACACUCUCUCCAAAUCUCAAAACCGAACCAGCGAUUCUGUCUAUAGUCUUCCAUCGACGGUGGAUUUACUGGCUCUGUGCGAGGAGGGUAAGGUAAUUGACGUUCUGGAAUACAUUGGCCAAGGUGCUAAAGUCGACUAUGGCGUUUUUACUGCUUUGUUGAAUUCUUGUUGUAAUUUGAAGCUGCUUGAGGCUGGAAGAAGGGUGGAUGGGCUGUUGAAGGGGACGAAAUUUCGUGGGGAUUUGGAAUUGAACAAUCGGUUGAUUGAAAUGUAUUCGAAUUGUGGCUGUAUGAAAGAUGCACGUAAGGUGUUUGAUAAAAUGGCUAACAAGGAUACUAGCAGUUGGAAUUUGAUGAUCAAAGGGUAUGGAGAUAAUGGGGAAGGGGAUAAUGGGUUGGCAUUGUUUGAGCAAAUGAAGAAUGCUGGUUUGCAACCAAAUUCAGAAACGUUUCUGGUGGUUUUAGCUGCUUGUGCCAUGGCUGAAGCUGUGAAGGAAGGUGUAUUUUACUUCAAAAUAAUGGCAAAUGAAUAUGGAAUCAAUCCUGAAAUUGAACAUUAUUUGGGAGUUGUUGAUGUUCUUGGAAAAUCUGGUCAUUUGAUUGAAGCUGAGGAGUUCAUUGAGAAAAUGCCCAUCAAUCCCACAGCUAAAAUUUGGGAUGCCCUUAGAAACUACGCUCGACUCCAUGGAAACAUGGAGCUUGAAGAUCGAGCUGAGGAGUUGAUGUUCUCUCUUGACCCGUCCACGACGUCCACAACUAUCAAACCAUCACUCCCUCCACGGAGGAAGCAAUCGAGCACGAACAUGUUGGAGGAGAAGGACAGGGUGAGGGAGUUUAGGUGUGCAAUGCCUUAUAAGGAAGAGGGUGAAGGGAGGCUGAAAGGAUUGAAUGGACAAAUGAGAGAAGCAGGGUAUGUUCCAGAUACAAGAUAUGUGCUACACGACAUUGAUGAAGAGGCCAAACAGCAGGCUUUGCAAUACCAUAGCGAGCGGCUAGCUAUUGCUUAUGGGCUGAUCAGUACACCAGCAAGAACGACACUGAGGAUCAUCAAGAAUCUUCGAAUUUGCGGCGAUUGUCAUAAUGCAAUCAAAAUCAUGUCAAAGAUUGUUGGGAGAGAGUUGAUUGUUAGAGAUAAUAAACGUUUUCAUCACUUUAAAGACGGCAAAUGCUCUUGUGGGGAUUACUGGUAAACACAUCAACUGUAUUAUACACGUUGAUUUUCUGUCCACUUUGGUGAUUUACUUGAUUGAUUAUCUUUUUUUAUCUUCUCCUUGGUUUUUCUUUUAUGAUAGAAAAGAAAGGUGAAGAUUAGAGAAUUAAUUAAAGUGUACAUUGAAAGAUGAAGAUUCGUAGUGAAAAUAAAUAACUAGAUUUUGAGUAUUCA